AUGGCCGUUUUGAUCGUCGCCGCUUCAGCCGGCAUCCCAUUCAAGGAUUGCGGACACUCUGAGGUAACCAACGUUGCCAUCACUGGCUGCACAACCAGUCCCUGCACUCUCCACAAGGGAAAGGAGGUUACCAUCGAUAUUGAGUACACCGCCAAUGCCGACAGCGCUAAGGCCGAGUGGUCUCUGCACGCCAUUGUUGGUGGU